AUGAUGUCUCAAUCUCUCCGGGCCUCGCGCACCCUGUUCUCCCGUGCCUCUCGGGCACAGGUCUCGGUCGCUCGCCGCACCUUCCUGACCUCCGCCGUCCGCCAGGCCGACCCCGUCCAGGACCUGUACCUCCGCGAGCUCAAGGCCUACAAGCCCACCCCCAUCAAGGCUGGUGACGCCGACGAGCACGCCAACCUUGCCAGCGAAUUGUCCGCCUACGAGAGCCAGGAGGUCGAGGUCGAGGGCCAAGCCGCCGCCGGCGAGGCCGCCCCCGUCGAGGAGAGCUGGUUCGAGGAGGAAGAGGAGGCACCCGCUGCCCACUAA